ACCCGCCUUUUUUUUCCAGUUAACAACCGCCAAGUCGCCAGCGAACAACGGAAUGGAUGUGGCGCAUUGUCAUUUAGAGGGCAAUGCCGAUGCGGUAGAGUUUUGUCCCCACGAAUCGUAUCGCCAUGUUUUGGCAGCUUCAACUUACACAUUGCAAGAGGGUGAUCAGCCUAGCCGAGCAGGAAGCAUAUCGCUUUUCAGUGUUGAUGCUGACACGGUUCGCCUGGAUUUGUGUCACCGCAUUGAGACGGCAGGAAUCUUUGAUGUAAAGUGGAACCCAGUUGGAGAUUGUAGUGAUCCUCUUCUGGCUGUAGCUGAUGCUGAUGGUUGCUUGAGAGUUCACAGUCUCAGGUGCUCUUCAGAUGAAGAAAAUGGGUUGUCUUUGAGAGAGAUAGCUGAUGAAAAGAUCACUUCUUCCAUGUGCCUUUUCCUGGACUGGAACCCUUCAGCCACAGCUGCCUCUGUGGGGCUUUCGGAUGGUUCUUUAUCAAUAGUUUCUAUUGCGGAAUCCCAACUUGAGACACAAGAAAUAUGGAAAGCUCAUGAUUUUGAGGUUUGGACGACUUGUUUUGACAUCCACCAGCCCCAGUUAGUAUACACCGGCUCAGAUGACUGCAAAUUCAAAUGCUGGGAUUUGCGAGAUGGUCCUUCUAAGUUGGCAUUUCAGAACUCCAAGGUCCAUACAAUGGGAGUUACUUGCAUAGCCAAAGACCCUAAUGACCCCAAUAUCAUGCUUACUGGUAGCUACGAUGAGUAUCUAAGGGUGUGGGAUGUGAGAUCAAUUUCUAAACCAGUCAAUGAAACGUCUACUUGUUUGGGAGGAGGAGUCUGGAGAAUCAAAUACCAUCCAUUCGUAAGCGGUCUAGUCUUGGCUGCUUGUAUGCACAAUGGCUUUUCUAUUGUCAAUAUUACUGGUGGUAAAACUGAAGUCAUUGAAACAUACACCAAGCACAAGUCACUGGCAUAUGGUGCUGAUUGGCAUAGAGAGGAAUCGUUCCAUGAAGGCAAAGGAAAUAUCACUUUAGUAGCUACCUGCUCAUUUUAUGACCGGCUUCUUCGGAUAUGGAUGCCCGAAAGUGAUUUGAAGUUGCACCAAGACAUUGUGCUUUGAUCACAUCUCUAGUUCAAUUGGGAAUCAUGGAUUCUAUUUUGAGGAUUCCGCAUUUGCACUUGGUUAGGUAUGCGUUACUCCUCGAAACUUCAAGUUAUGGUUACGUAAAAGGUUAAACAAUUUAUCAUGCUUACUAUUUUCUAAGCUUGAAGAGCAACACAACCCAUCGGAACACGGGUUUAUGCAGUAAUCACGGUACCAAUGCUCAUCGUUUUUCUAUUAAUUGCUUCAAGUAAUUCUUGUUCUGGAAUUUGGCUAUGUAUUAAACAAUUAACCCAUGAAACAGGGGUCCUGGUUUUACUACUACCUUAACUUCUGUAAACAAAUACAAAUUUGGUCUUGGGUCACCUGGAUUUGGAGUUGACCUUCUAAUGAUCCUAAAGCUGUUGAGCAUUUGGGCAACUU